GCUGAACCUGUUCCGCUAAACCUCAGUAGGGUUUUGAAGCUUCGAUAGCAAUUCCAUGGCGUCUUCUCUCUCUAGAAAACUGUCCGCUGCCAUUCUCUCAAGGCACACGCCACUCUCUUCACUAUCAAACACAUCUCUCUCUUUCUGCACCAAAAGUCUCUCCUCCCCAGAUUCCGAUUCCGAGUCAGGCUCACCCCAUCCCACCCCCGAUUCCCCCCCUCCUAACCAGCAGCGCGCUAACGCCGAUCGACCCCUCGAAGACGGUUUGGACCUCGGCAUUUACAAGGCGAUAUUGGUGGGGCAGGUCGGGCAGGCGCCGAUUCAGAAGCGCCUGCGGAGCGGGAAAACUGUAACCCUAAUCUCACUCGGAACGGGCGGCAUCCGCAACAAUCGGAGGCCGUUGGACAACGAGGAUCCGCGUGAUUACGCCAAUCGCUGCGCGGUGCAGUGGCACAGGGUCUCCGUUUAUCCGGAGAGAUUGGGCGAGCUCGCCGCGAAGAAUCUUGCCCCCGGUUCUACAUUGUACGUGGAAGGGAGCCUCGAGACUAAAAUAUUCAAUGAUCCGAUCACUGGCCUUGUCCGUCGAAUCAGAGAGGUUGCUGUGCGUCGCAAUGGGAGAAUUUUGGUUCUGGGAAACGGUGGUGAAGCUGCGCAGUUUUCAAGGACUGAUAUGGCUGGCGUUGGAUAUUACUGAGGUGCUUUUCUUUACUUUGCUUGUCUAGAAUGCUUAUGUGAUCUGAUCGCAAUGCUUUAGGAAGUAGAGGAAUUAGUAGUUGGAUUUGGUGUUGGCCAUGAACUGCCCUUUUAUUUAUCUUUAUGCCAUAAUGUUCAUGUAUGUGUGCUACGGUACAUUUGAAGAAUUUGUCGAUUUUUGUUCGCCUAGUUUGUUCUUGAUUGUAUUGGUUGUUACCUUGAUCUCAAUAUUAUUAUCCUGAGAAUGUGAUAA